UUCCUGAAGUAUCGCUGUCCGCCAUGCUGAGUCUGUUUACAAGGAGGAGCUGAUCCACUGACCUGUGGAGCCAGGUCACGUGACAGAAUGGAGGCGUCGCUGAAAACAUUCAGCCGUUCACCACACACACACCUCGCCAGGAACCCACAAUAAACGGAUAAGGCGACACACUAUGUCGAUCAACUCAGCGCACGGCGUUCAUUUCUCCACGUCGCAAUGAGAUGAGGGGAGCAUGGGGGCCAAAGAGUCGAGGAUCGGAUUCCUGUCGUAUGACGAGGCAGUCAAGCGAGUCACUGAUGUUGAAUUGAAGCGGCUGAAAGAUGCCUUCAAGAGAACGAGCGGCCUCACCUAUUACAUGACCCAGCAGUGCUUUUACAGGGAAGUGCUCGGAGAUGGAGUUCCCCAUAAAGUUGCAGAGGUGAUCUACACCUCAUUCGGAGGCUCGUCUAAAGGGCUGCACUUCAACAAUCUGAUCGUGGGUCUGGUUCUUCUGACCAGAGGACGUGACGAGGAGAAGGCCAAGUACCUCUUCAGCCUGUUUGCCAGCGAUCUCGGUGGGCAUGCAGCCAGGGAAGAUAUAGAGGCAGUUCUGCAGGUCCUGGAUGGAGAAGUCCCGACCUCCCUCAAGAAGUGCUUCAGUGAGGGCGACAAGGUGAACUAUGAGCGCUUCAGGAACUGGCUGCUACAGAACAAGGAGGCCUUCACUUUGUCCCGAUGGCUUCUGUCUGGAGGAGUGUGUGUCACUCUCACAGACGACAGCGACACGCCCACCUUCUACCAGACACUGGCUGGCGUCACACACUUGGAGGAGUCAGACAUUAUAGACUUGGAGAAGCGCUACUGGCUCCUGAAGGCCCAGUCCAGAACCGGCCGCUUUGACUUGGAAACCUUUGUCCCACUGGUGUCUCCUCCAAUCCAUGCCUCACUGAGUGAAGGCCUGUUUCACGCCUUCGAUGAGAAUCGGGACAAUCACAUCGACUUCAAAGAGAUCUCUUGUGGACUCUCUGCGUGCUGCAGGGGGCCCGUUGCUGAAAGGCAGAAAUUUUGCUUCAAAGUGUUUGAUGUGGACCGUGAUGGGGUUCUGUCUCGAGAUGAACUCCAUGAAAUGGUGGUGGCGUUGCUGGAAGUGUGGAAGGACAAUCGCACGGACAUACUCCCUGAGCUGCACAGCAGCGUGACAGACAUAGUAGAAGGCAUCCUAAAGAUGCACGACACAACCAAGCUGGGUCACCUGACCCUGGAAGACUACCAGAUCUGGAGUGUGAAGAGUGCUUUGGCAAAUGAGUUCCUAAACCUGCUUUUCCAAGUCUGCCACAUAGUCCUGGGGCUCAGGCCUGGUAGUCCUGAAGAGGAGGGACAGAUCAUCAGGGGUUGGUUAGAGAGGGAGAGCAGACACGGGCUGCAGCAAAGUCAGAACUGGUUUCUCAUCUCCAUGCUGUGGUGGCAUCAGUGGAAGGACUACGUUAAAUAUGGAAGUCCCUGCUAUUGUCUCCCUGUCCAGGAGCACAAGGGUAUCGUGGUGGAGCAGCCGUCCAUCCUGAGCUCGUUGCGGACUCCAAUGGCCACAGCCAAUAUAGAGUCCGCCCCACCAGACCGACUGGGAGGACUGGGAACCUUCAGCUCGGUCAGCCCCACUGAGGAGAGGUCACCGGAUGCUGUUUCCAGCGCUUCAGAGGCCACAGAGACCGCAGCCCUGAGCCCCCAAGUAGCUCCCUCUGCUACAGAGAGCUGUUUUGCCCGUCAGCACAACGUGUCGGACAACAACAAUCAGUGUUUUUCUGGAGCCAACGGCCACCUCCCCUCCCAGCUGGCAGCACAAAGACCCGGAGCCAUCGACAACCAGACUCUGGUCAAUACCGACCCCAUGAAGGCCCCGACAUUAACCAUGGAGGGUGGCAGGCUGAAGCGCUCCUUGCAGCUGGUGCCUGGCAGAGACUUUGAGACGGUGCCAGAGCCGGUAUGGAGGGCACUCUACCAUUGGUACGGUGCCAACCUCAGCCUGCCGCGGCCGGUUAUCCUGGAGAGCAAGACGGGCCAAGCGGAGCUGGAGCUCUUCCCACGCUAUCUCCUCUUCCUCCGCCAGCAGCCGGCCACGCGCUCCCCCCAGUCCAACAUCUGGGUCAAUAUGGGUAUGACCAGCCUGCGAAUGUUUCCACCGUAUUUACCCCCGCCAAGAGCAGGUAGCGUGCCCUCCCCCAACGCUCCCCUGAAGAGGGUCUUGGCCUACACAGGCUCUUUCAGCCGCAUGGCCACCAUCAAGGACAUCCACCUCUACCUGUCCCAGAGGCUCCGCAUCAAGGAGGAGGACAUGAGGCUCUGGCUCUACAACAGUGAGAAUUAUCUCACCCUCCUGGACGAUGAAGAUCACACACUGGAAAGCCUAAAGAUCUAUGAUGAGCAGCAGCUAGUUAUUGAAGUCCGGAACAAAGACAUGAGCUGGCCUGAGGAAAUGUCUUUCAUUGCCAACAGCAGUAAGAUGGACAGGCACAAAGUUCCCACAGAGAAAGGAGCCACUGGCCUCAGUAACCUUGGCAACACCUGCUUCAUGAACUCCAGCAUCCAGUGUGUGAGCAACACCAAGCCUCUCACGGACUACUUCAUCUCAGGGAGACACCUCUAUGAGCUCAACAGAACAAACCCCAUCGGGAUGCGAGGUCACAUGGCCAAGUGUUACGGUGACCUGGUGAUGGAGCUGUGGAGCGGGACACAGAAGAACGUUGCUCCACUCAAACUCAGGUGGACAAUAGCAAAGUAUGCCCCACGCUUCAAUGGAUUCCAGCAGCAGGACUCCCAGGAGCUGCUGGCCUUCCUGCUGGAUGGCCUCCAUGAAGACCUCAACAGGGUGCAUGAGAAACCCUACGUGGAGCUGAAGGACAGCGAUGGCCGGCCUGACUGGGAGGUGGCCUCUGAGGCAUGGGAGAAUCACCUCCGGAGGAACCGCUCCAUCGUUGUGGAUCUGUUCCAUGGUCAGCUCAAGUCCCAGGUGAAGUGUAAGACCUGCGGACACAUCAGUGCUCGCUUCGACCCCUUCAACUUCCUGUCUCUGCCCCUGCCCAUGGACAGCUCCAUGCAUCUGGAGAUUACUGUCAUUAAACUGGACGGCUCCACACCCGUGCGCUACGGCCUUCGGUUGAAUAUGGAUGAAAAGUACACAGGCCUGAAGAAACAGCUGAGUGAACUGUGCAGUCUGAAGCCUGAGCAGAUCCUCCUGGCUGAGGUCCAUACCUCCAACAUCAAGAACUUUCCUCAGGACAACCACAAGGUCCGUCUGUCUGUUAACGGCUUCCUGUGUGCGUUUGAGAUCCCCGUGCCCGGUUCACCAACGUCACUGAGCUCCCCGACUCUGACAGACAUCUCCCCAAUAGCCAAUGGCUCUGCUGCUAAAGAGAACCCGGGUAGUGAGCCCGUCCUCAUCCCCAACGGUGGGCCCAGCACCAUGGUGCCCUUCAACCCAGAGUCGCCCCUCGCCAAUGGGGUCGCCAAUGGGGUCGCCAAUGGACCCGUCACGCCGAUGCAGGAGAGCCCCUUCAUUGGAUACAUCAUCGCCAUGCACAGGAAGAUGAUGCGUACGGAGCUGUACUUCCUGUCAUCUCAGAAGAACCGGCCCAGUCUGUUCGGCAUGCCGCUCAUAGUUCCUUGCACUGUCCACACUAGUAAGAAGGAUCUGUAUGAUGCCGUGUGGAUCCAGGUGUCCCGACUGGCCAGCCCACUGCCCCCACAGGAAGCCAGCAACCACGCCCAGGACUGUGAUGACAGUAUGGGCUACCAGUACCCCUUCACUUUACGCGUUGUGGGUAAGGAUGGCAACUCCUGUGCCUGGUGUCCCUGGUACAGGUUCUGUCGAGGCUGUACAAUAGAGUGUACAGAGGACAGGGCCUCUGUAGGAAAUGCGUACAUAGCUGUGGACUGGGACCCCACCGCCCUGCAUCUCCGCUACCAGACCUCCCAGGAGAGGAUUGUAGAGGAGCACUGCAGUGUGGAGCAGUCCCGUCGGGCCCAGGCUGAGCCCAUCAGCUUGGACAGCUGCCUGAAGGCCUUCACCAGCGAGGAAGAGCUGGGUGAGGACGAGCUCUACUACUGCUCCAAGUGCAAGACGCACCGGCUGGCCACGAAGAAGCUGGACCUCUGGAGGCUGCCGCCCAUGCUGAUUGUCCACCUGAAGCGCUUCCAGUUUGUAAAUGGCCGUUGGAUCAAAUCCCAGAAGAUUGUCAAGUUCCCGAGGGAGAAUUUUGAUCCCAGCGCCUUUCUGGCUCCCAGAGACCUGGUACAGCACUGCCUCCACUCCCGCAGUGAGAGCGAGGAUCUGCUGAAGGUCAGAGAAGAUAACCUGUCUUCCACCUCUGCCCCCGCUGGCUUCUGCAACCUUCCCAAAGUCUCCCCUGCCUCUAGCAGGAAGUCAGCACCUUCUCUUAGCCGGUCCAGCAGCCCCUCUGGAAGCCCCAAGACCGGCAGUGGAGGUCGCAGGCCAGGCCGGCUACGCCUGCCCCAGCUGGGCAGCAGACACCGCCUCUCUAACAGCAGGGAGAACCUGGACGGAGCUGCUAACCAUGAGGCAGAGCCCAGGGACGAUGCACCACCACCAGACACAGAGGGGAGCGCAGCAUCGGGCCCCCCUGGAUCAGGAGGGGCGCUCACGACAGAGGCAUCAUGCGGGAGCGAGGCGUCCAGCAGCCAGUGCGACGUGAUCCUGAUGAACGGGGACAGCAAUGGGCUGAACUCCGACUGCAGCACAGAGAGCAGCAUGGACCCUGACAACCUGCUGCUCCAGCACAGAGACAACAUUUGUCUGGACGCCAUCUACAACCUCUAUGCAAUAUCAUGCCAUUCAGGAAUCAUGGGAGGAGGCCACUAUGUGACGUAUGCCAAAAACCCCAAGGAGAAAUGGUACUGUUACAAUGACAGCAGCUGUAAGGAAGUGCAGUCUGAGGAGAUCGACGCCGACUCGGCCUACAUCCUCUUCUACGAGCAGCAGGGAGUGGACUACUCCCAGUUCCUGCCAAAGAUCGAUGGCAAGAAGAUGGCCGACACCAGUAGCAUGGAUGAAGACUUUGAGUCCGACUACAAGAAGUACUGUGUCCUCCAGUGAGCGCGCCUCGUCUUCCAUCAGCCAGCACUACACCUGCUCUCUGAGCAGGAAGCAGCAGACGUUCAGCCCUUCUGAAGGAGUCAGAGUUGGCCUGUGGUCCCUGCCCUUAGAGAUGCGUCGCAGCACUUUCUGCACCAACAUGUUUUAAAGGUUUGCCAUGACGACAACGAAGCCCUGGUGAAAGCACUUGUGUACUUUGCUGAGCCCCCCAUCUGCCUCUUCUCCCAUUCUGAACAACCUUCGCCAUAAUAAACAUGUAACAUUAUACUUGCAUACUAACGCAUCUCUGAAUGUAUGCCAGUAUGGCCAACUCAUGAAGUGAUGUUGCUUAGUGAUUGUGCGUUUAUCACUUGUGAUGUCCGGAUGAAAAGCACUUCCACCUGGAGUUAUCAUGUGACCUGAGCCUGGAUAUCUUGGAUGAGGCCUCACAAUGUCCAGGUGUGAAUGCAAAGCCAAUGAUUGGAUACAGGUUGGGUUUGACACGACAAGUGCUGUUGUCAUAUUUGAUGCCACAGAUCAACUUGACGUUGACAUUAGAAAUCUAGUAUAUUGGAUACUAGGGAAACAUAAGUCACACGCUACCUCAUUGCUUCCUGCAGUCUGUCAGCCCUAAAAGUCUGUGACAGUAUUAGUGAUAAUUUUUUUAAGCCCCCCCCCCCCCCCCUUCCUGCUAGGACAUGCUCACAGGUCCUGAUGGACAUAAAAGUAGGCGUUUUCUUGCCAAAGCUGUGUUUCAUUCCACAGCUGCCAAAUAUCAGUGGUGAUUUGUGCAAUGUUGACCUGUAGCUUCUUUGAAACUCAAAAAUAUUGCGUAUCAGUCUGGGUUGCCAUGAUUUUAAAAGAGACACGCUUAAAGAUUAAUAUACAGUAUAUGUUUAAGACUUCUUUUUAGGAGGAGAUUCUGCAAAUGUGUUUUAUAAAAGAUUUAUUUUAUUGUUUAUUUUUUCGUAAAUUAAUCUCACAGCUUCACCAGAGGCAUCAGCCUUGUUUUCCCCGCUGUAGCAACAUGAGCGUUUCAACUGCUGCAUCUCUUAACUGUUGUGAUAAAAGUCGUCUGACACGAGGGUUCAUAUGCUCCGUGAACAGUUGGGCCAUGGGGGAUAACUUGAUUGUAGUUUACCUUUCGUGUCUGAAGAGUCCGCCACUGGUUUAGCAACACACUCCUCUAACAGGAGGCCAGUUAAAAAACAGAUCAAAGUUGAUGUGGCACAACGGAGAUAUCAUCUUUUCUAGUCCACACAGUCGAUACUUUGCGCCUACAUUACCCACAAUGCAGCUCAACGUGUGGGCAUGUUAUGCUAGUAGCGGUUAAGCGGCUUCAGGGGUCUGGUAAGCUCUCCUCUUUAUCUCCACCCCCCCUGAUUUCUCUUUUUACAUUUGCAGACUUGUAGUCUUCAGCUCGACCCGACACUGACUCAAGUGACAUCAGACUUUAAACCGCUCCCUCUGGAGACAUAUAUUUCAUUUUUUUCACACAGUACUUGCUGCACCUGCGAAACAAAGUGUAAUGAGUGAAGUUGGUGAUUCCGUUGAACACCAGGUUUUACUGCCCCCUCUGGUGGAAUGUUGCUCCGCCUCUUCCGUUGACCAGGAAACACAUUUUCAGGGGGCGUUAAGUUCCUCUUCUCAACAUUGCCAUACAUGGAGCAGAUGGAUUUUCUAACUUCUGUGGAUGCUCUAGUAAACUUGAUUUUACUGGAUUACCUACCAGGAAAGAGGGCAGAUCCCUCAACGUCCCAGACUCUCAUGGCCCCUGUAUUCUUCGGGACCAUGUGUCAACAUCUAGUUUUAGAGCUUUUAGUAUUUUAUUUAAUAUUAUACUUAUGCAGUGCAUGUUCCUCAGUGAAUGUGCUUCAUUUAUUUACCAUAACCUAACCUAAUAACAUAAGAUGUAGCACUGUACCCAAUGGGUAGUCCUGAAGGCCCCUAACAGGUUACUUCGGCCCUGCUGAGGCCCAUGGAGCCAAUAAUGUCCUCCAAAGAAAGUUAUAUCAAACUGGGAAAUCAUUGAAAGAUUUCUAGAGAGAAUAAAUGUGCCAAUGGAGAUUGAGACACUUCGAAUCAAUAAAUUCCAGUUAAGUUCUGGCCGCAUUUGGCAACAAGCAAGCAUUCAUUUCAAAAUGUAUGAAGAAUAAAGUUUCUGAUAUUACGUGUGCCGAGUCUAAAUAUCGGUUCCACGCGAGUCCCACAUUGAGGCUGGUUGGAGUCCAGUGGUGUAGCAGCCUGUGUGGAGCCCCUCCUCACUCACUCAGUCUAUCACUGUGAACAGACGUUUCCCCCACUCGGUCUUCUCUUUUUAGCUCCUGUGUUCAUGAGGAGGAGACGCCUUCGUGGAUGUCUUUAGAGAGCUAUCUGUCACUGAAUGGGACGUUAUAAGUACGUUUGUUGAACAAAUGGAAAUGUACAGAUGAGUGCUAUUUAUGUUUGCUUGCUUGGCUCUUUGUCCCUCCCCCGAGCUGCAGACGGUGUCCAUGACGUGGCCCAAAGGAUCCGGCUCUUGAGAACCCAGUUUGUAACAUUCUCUUCAUUUCUAGGUGCAAUAAUGGUCCACCACUCAAACCGCUAAGCGUCCCAUCGCUGAGACCCAAUGAGCAACAACUCAAAGAUGCAGUUAAUAUCAGCACAAUUUUGGUAAUCAAGGAACAAAGAUUUUCUGCACAAAAGAACUCAACUUUGACGCUAAAAUAAGAUAAUAUAUUAAGACCCCCCACCCCCCCACCCCCUCUCUCCCAGAAGAGUAGGUCGGAGUUUCGGCAGGCAGUGCAAUGUACUACUGAGCAGUCUGUCAGUGUCUGUAGACUCAUUUUAUUUAAGUUCAUUUCUGUUUGAUCUGAACCACACGUGUUAAUUUAAAGAACUUUUUUGUAAGAUGUUUGUUGAAAGAAAGUGAUGUUGCACUGACAUGAAAACAUGUACAUAAAAAAUGUGUUUUGUAAAUAAGCCAAUUAAAACUGUAUUUCAGUAUGAACUGUACAAAAUACUGUACUUGUAGUUGUAUAUGGAGUGAUACUGUUGAUCUGUAACAAAAUACCCAAGCAACAAAUUAAAUUCUGCAGCGGAAACGACAA